AUGUGCAGUGGACAUCAUCUCAUUGAGUUCUUGAUGGUCAAAUGGGGGUUGAAAUGUGUGAAGCUUCUUGAUGGCUUUUCAUUCAUGCCAUCCUGCAAGGCAUCUGGGUUAAGUGGCAACAUUCAAUUGGCAGAGAUUGUCUUGAAUGACCUUCAUGGCUCUGUGAUUGUCUUGUUUAAUGCAGCACGGCAAUUCAGGGUCAGGAGAAUAAUGGAAAGAAAUCAUCGAAUGGGAAUGGUUAUCAAUGAUUCAACAACAGAUUCUAUAGCUGAUUAUGCUUGUGAAGUGGAGAUUACUGAUUGUGAACCACUUCCAGAUGGGCGUUUCUAUCUACAGGUGUUCUUGGAGUAUGCAGAUGUUGAGAGUGCAACUAAAGCUCGAACUGGCCUAAAUGGUAGAAAAUUUGGUGGGAAUCCGGUUGUGGCCGUGUUCUAUCCAGAAAACAAGUUUUCUGAGGGGGAUUAUGAUGGCUAG